AUGGCGACACUCGAAGUUGAGGAGAUUCAGGGCGGCGGACUACAGACCGCUAAGGAUUUGUUCUCAGGUGCUGUGGGAGGAGUCGCCCAGGUUCUGAUCGGCCAACCCUUUGACAUCGUCAAAGUUCGACUUCAGACUACCAACCAAUACUCCGGUGCGCUCCACGCCGCUACCUCAAUCUACAAGAACGAAGGUGCCUUGGCUUUUUACAAGGGAACGCUCACCCCUCUUCUGGGAAUCGGUGCAUGCGUCUCAAUUCAAUUCGGUGCCUUUCACGCCGCACGCCGCUGGUUUGAGGCUCGAAACGCGGCCAACCCUACCCUCAAGGUUAGCGACCUCAGCUACGGGCAGUACUUUGCCGCCGGUGCCUUCGCCGGUGUCUCCAACGCAGUCCUGUCCACGCCCAUCGAGCACAUCCGUAUCCGGCUACAAAGCCAGCCUCACGGCGAUGCACGUCUGUACAACGGCCCCAUUGACUGCGUUCGCAAGUUGAGCGCCCACCAAGGCGUUCUCAGCGGAAUCUACCGCGGCUCAGCCGUCACCAUCUACCGUGAGGCCACCGCCUACGGAGCAUGGUUCACCGCAUUCGAGUACCUCAUGAACCAAGACGCCGCCCGUAACAAGAUCGAUCGCAAGGAAAUUCCGGCAUGGAAGAUUGCCUUUUACGGUGGUCUGGCUGGUGAAGCCCUCUGGCUCGCCAGCUACCCCUUCGAUGUCAUCAAGAGCAAGAUGCAAACUGACGGAUUUGGCGCCAACCAAAAAUACCCGACCAUGCGUAGCUGCUUUGCUGCUACCUGGCGAGAAGGCGGCUUCAAGGGCUUCUGGAGGGGCAUCUGGCCUACACUUUUCCGUGCCAUGCCCGUGAGCGCUGGCACCUUUGCCGUUGUUGAGAUGACCAUGAGGGCCAUCAACUAG